ACGCAUACAGCCAAAGCUACGUCAGUCAGUCAGUUUGCGUUUAGUGUUGCCCACGUUAAGUUCGUGUUUUUCAUUUAAUAACCCUCAACAGCUGCUGCCUCUGCUUGAAGUUAGAUGCGCAUGUCAUGGCAGCGUUGCCAGAACGUUUUGUUACUGGCCGGCGACAGUUUUGGCGCGAGUUUUUGAAACUCUAUCAGCAAAUGCCGCAACUCUGGGAUCUCAAUCAUGACGACUAUAAGAAUAAGGAACUGAAAGACGAAUCAUACGAGUUGCUUAGAGAAAAGCUGCGCGAAAUUCAACCAAAUGCAACCAGAAGCGAUGUAAGCAGACGCAUAAACAUAUUUCGCACCAACUAUCGACGUGAGCAAAUGCGUCUGUGGAAACAAAAGGAGUCGGGCAAGAAUCCAAAGAGCUGCAAGCCCACCCUAUGGUUCUAUGACAACAUGAGCUUUCUGCUCACCCAAGCUUCGUUUAGAAAACGCUUGUGUGCUAAGCUAGAGCGCUCUACUAAAAAUAAUCAUACACCUCCUCCAACUGAUAGCUGGCUGAUGCAUAGUCAUAUAGAAGCUGCGCCCGUUACCGUUACGCAGGAUUUAGGUUUACUUAGCCCAAAAAUUGAAAUAUUUGAAAACGAAAUUGCAGCCGAACCCGCAUCCUGCUCCACAGACACCAACAUGACCGUUAUCAAAGAGUCCAAAUCACCAGAUAACAUCAUUAGCGAAGCAUCAGAAGCCUUGGCCAAAUCUUGGGCCAUUCAAUAUGAGGAGAUGAGACCAACGCAGCGUAUUUUAGCACGUAAAGCAAUUGCCGAUAUUUUAUUCGAGGGCUGCAUGGGCAAUCUGCGCAUUAAUCGUGGUGAACGCAGCUCCGUAGCCCAUAGCACAUAAUACUAUUAAGCUUACAUUUAAAUAUAAUAUUUGUUUUGUGUAUAUGAAUAAACAAUUUUAAGUUA